CAGGAUGUUUCUCUACAACCUGACUUUGCAACGCGCCACCGGCAUCAGCUUCGCCAUCCAUGGCAACUUCUCAGGAACCAAGCAACAAGAAAUUGUCGUUUCCCGCGGCAAGAUCCUGGAGUUGCUCCGCCCUGAUCCCAACACCGGGAAAGUUCACACCCUGCUGACCGUGGAGGUGUUUGGAGUCAUCCGUUCCCUCAUGGCCUUCAGGCUGACAGGGGGCACCAAGGAUUACAUCGUGGUGGGCAGUGACUCGGGUCGAAUUGUUAUCCUGGAAUACCAGCCCUCCAAGAAUGUCUUUGAAAAGAUCCAUCAGGAAACCUUUGGCAAGAGUGGGUGUCGCAGGAUUGUCCCAGGCCAGUACCUGGCAGUGGAUCCAAAAGGUCGUGCUGUCAUGAUCAGUGCCAUCGAGAAGCAGAAGCUGGUCUACAUCCUCAACAGGGACGCUGCUGCCCGCCUCACCAUCUCCUCCCCCCUGGAAGCCCACAAGGCCAACACCUUGGUCUACCACGUGGUGGGAGUCGAUGUGGGCUUUGAAAACCCCAUGUUUGCUUGUCUGGAGAUGGAUUAUGAGGAAGCAGACAAUGAUCCCACAGGAGAAGCAGCAGCCAACACACAGCAGACCUUGACCUUUUAUGAACUGGACCUGGGUUUGAACCACGUUGUUAGGAAAUACAGUGAGCCCUUGGAAGAGCAUGGCAACUUCCUUAUAACAGUUCCUGGUGGUUCUGAUGGACCUAGUGGGGUGCUGAUCUGUUCUGAGAACUAUAUUACUUAUAAAAACUUUGGUGACCAGCCUGAUAUCAGAUGCCCAAUUCCCAGGAGACGGAAUGACUUGGAUGACCCAGAGAGAGGUAUGAUUUUUGUCUGCUCUGCUACACACAAGACCAAGUCCAUGUUUUUCUUCCUGGCCCAGACAGAGCAGGGAGACAUUUUCAAAAUCACUCUGGAGACUGAUGAAGACAUGGUGACAGAGAUUAGACUGAAGUACUUUGACACAGUUCCUGUUGCUGCUGCCAUGUGUGUGCUGAAGACUGGGUUUCUCUUUGUGGCAUCUGAAUUUGGAAACCAUUACCUGUACCAGAUAGCUCACCUGGGAGAUGAUGAUGAGGAGCCAGAGUUCUCUUCUGCCAUGCCUCUUGAGGAAGGAGACACCUUCUUUUUCCAGCCACGACCUCUCAAGAACCUGGUGCUGGUGGAUGAGUUGGACAGUUUAUCUCCUAUUCUGUGCUGUCAGAUAGCAGAUUUGGCCAAUGAGGACACACCCCAGUUGUACGUGGCUUGUGGUCGGGGUCCCCGCUCAUCUCUGAGGGUUCUAAGGCAUGGACUUGAGGUCUCUGAAAUGGCUGUCUCAGAGCUGCCUGGUAACCCCAAUGCUGUGUGGACUGUGAGGAGACACGUUGAAGAUGAAUUUGAUGCCUAUAUCAUUGUGUCCUUCGUGAACGCCACACUGGUGCUGUCUAUCGGAGAGACUGUAGAAGAAGUGACUGACUCUGGAUUCCUGGGUACUACACCCACCUUGUCCUGCUCUCUCCUUGGUGAUGAUGCUUUGGUACAGGUUUACCCAGAUGGGAUCAGGCACAUCCGAGCAGAUAAGAGAGUUAAUGAAUGGAAGACACCAGGGAAGAAAACCAUUGUAAAAUGUGCUGUGAACCAGAGACAAGUAGUGAUAGCACUGACUGGAGGAGAGCUGGUGUACUUUGAGAUGGACCCGUCAGGGCAGCUGAAUGAGUACACGGAGAGGAAGGAGAUGUCGGCCGACGUGGUGUGUAUGAGCUUGGCCAACGUGCCGCCCGGCGAGCAGCGCUCCCGCUUCCUGGCCGUGGGGCUGGUGGACAACACUGUCAGGAUCAUCUCCCUUGACCCCUCGGAUUGCCUGCAGCCCCUGAGCAUGCAGGCCCUUCCUGCCCAGCCAGAGUCUCUCUGUAUUGUGGAGAUGGGUGGAACAGAGAAGCAGGAUGAACUGGGAGAGAGGGGCUCCAUUGGCUUUCUGUACCUGAACAUUGGGCUGCAGAACGGUGUGCUGCUCAGAACUGUCCUGGAUCCUGUUACUGGAGAUCUUGUCCUGGCCAUGUCAAGUCGUUCCUGGCUCAGUUAUUCCUACCAGUCACGUUUCCACCUGACUCCCCUCUCUUAUGAGACCUUGGAGUUUGCAUCUGGAUUUGCUUCUGAGCAGUGCCCAGAGGGCAUUGUAGCCAUCUCCACCAACACUCUAAGGAUUUUGGCACUGGAGAAACUGGGGGCAGUCUUCAACCAGGUUGCCUUCCCCUUGCAGUACACACCCCGGAAAUUUGUCAUUCACCCCGAGAGCAACAACCUGAUCAUCAUCGAGACGGAUCACAACGCUUACACCGAGGCCACCAAGGCCCAGAGGAAGCAGCAGAUGGCUGAGGAAAUGGUGGAGGCUGCAGGUGAAGAUGAACGGGAACUGGCUGCAGAGAUGGCUGCAGCCUUUCUGAAUGAGAACCUUCCUGAAUCCAUCUUUGGUGCUCCUAAGGCAGGGAAUGGACAGUGGGCCUCUGUUAUCAGGGUGAUGAACCCUAUCCAGGGAAAUACAUUAGAUCUGGUGCAGCUGGAGCAGAAUGAAGCUGCCUUCAGUGUGGCCGUGUGCAGGUUCUCCAAUACUGGUGAUGAGUGGUAUGUGCUGGUGGGAGUGGCCAAGGACCUGAUCCUGAACCCACGCUCCGUGGCUGGGGGGUUUGUCUACACCUACAAGCUGGUGAACAGUGGUGAGAAGCUGGAGUUCCUGCACAAGACCCCUGUGGAGGAGGUUCCUGCAGCCAUUGCUCCAUUCCAAGGUAGAGUCUUGAUUGGAGUUGGGAAGCUCCUACGUGUCUAUGACCUGGGCAAGAAGAAACUGCUUCGGAAGUGUGAGAACAAGCACAUUGCCAACUACAUCUGUGGGAUCCAAACCAUUGGGCACAGGGUGAUUGUUUCAGAUGUUCAGGAGAGUUUCAUCUGGGUACGUUACAAGAGGAACGAGAACCAGCUCAUCAUCUUUGCUGAUGACACCUACCCCCGCUGGGUCACCACAGCAACUCUCCUGGAUUAUGACACUGUGGCUGGAGCAGACAAGUUUGGCAACAUCUGUGUGGUGAGGUUGCCUCCCAACACCAACGAUGAGGUAGAUGAGGAUCCCACAGGCAACAAAGCUCUCUGGGACAGGGGCCUGCUGAAUGGAGCAUCACAGAAGGCUGAAGUGAUCAUGAAUUACCACGUGGGAGAGACAGUGCUUUCCUUACAGAAGACCACCCUGAUCCCAGGAGGUUCUGAAUCUCUUGUCUACACCACCUUAUCAGGGGGGAUAGGGAUCUUGGUCCCUUUUACUUCCCACGAGGAUCAUGACUUCUUCCAGCACGUGGAGAUGCACCUGAGAUCUGAGCACCCUCCUCUCUGUGGACGAGACCAUCUCAGUUUCCGCUCCUACUACUUCCCGGUGAAGAAUGUGAUCGAUGGGGACCUGUGUGAGCAGUUCAACUCCAUGGAGCCCAACAAACAGAAAAAUGUGGCUGAAGAGCUGGAUAGGACCCCACCUGAGGUGUCCAAGAAGCUGGAGGACAUCCGCACCCGCUACGCUUUCUGA